GUGAGCGUUAUUUAUAAAUUUAAUAUCAAUAGUUUCAAGGUUUAAGUCCUUUCCGUUCAAGUUAGUUUGACAGUUCAACGUCCUGUCCGCGGAAUUAUUGUUCUUAUGUAACUUAACGCAUUGCAGACUUUAUUUAAUUGAAAAAAAAAAUUCGGACAUUAAAAGUAAAUUUUAAACUUUCAUAUAUUUCACAUGGUUGAUUUUAAAAUUUGCAACCACGGAAACAUUAAGUUUGUCCGAUAUGAUAUUAGGUGGUUUUUAGAAUGAAAAACAUUUCCGAGGAUAUUCCCAUUGCCUGAUAUCAGGUAGUUUAUAAUUUUACAAAAAUUUCAUUUACAUGGGUUAAUUGUUCAUGUAAAUAUAUGCGUCAUUUAAAGGAGAGGCAUCCAAGCAGGAACAUUGUAUAGUGAAAUGGUACUCAGUCUUAGAGAAAAAAUAAUGACCAGUUUUAAGGAUUAUAAAACAGAAAUGGAAACCUAGUUCAGUUCAGUUCAGUGGUAGAAGUAGAAGAAGUCAGAAUGUGUCAAGGUGUGAAGAGUGUGAAUUGGGAAACAGAGACUUUGAUGGGGACUCCAGCACGCGUCUCGAAAUGGGAGCGUUUCUUCCCAAGAGCCGCUUUAUCCCAUGUCGGGUUAUUUGUAGCUCUGAUGCUAUACACUGCUGGCGGAGGUUUGGUUUUCCGUGCUCUUGAAUAUCCAGCGGAGAUGGCAAAGCAAGAAUAUCUUAGAGAUCGACUUUUGACGGAAAGAUGGAACCUUAUCAAAAUAGUCGCCGAUUAUUAUAUAAACGGGACAGCAGAAGUUAGUUUAGAAAAAGUCAUCAGUGAUCAUUUGGCUGUUUACGAAAAGGUUCUGGAAGACGCUUCUGGAAAUGGUUUAGCUUUAGACAUAGAGAAUAAUUUCCCACCGCUCGAAGAAAAGUGGAGUGUAUUGCAGGCUGUGUUCUUUUCGUCCACAGUGCUCACUACAAUAGGAUACGGCAACAUAGUGCCGGAGACGUUUUGGGGGAGAUUAUUUUGCAUCGCAUACGCACUUAUAGGUAUUCCCCUAACACUGACAGUGAUAGCUGAUUUGGGAAGAGUGUUCGCUACAGUUGUGUCAGUUGUAGCAAAACAAUUACCAACAAUGCCGAAAUGGUGCACUCGACUAUCGGAGGCCAAUCCGGCCGGACAGAGGUCCUUGUAUGCUCUGUGGGCGGUAUGUUUCCUAUUCGUUUACCUCUCGGCUGGAGCGGGCUUGUUUAAAAUGUGGGAGGAUGACUGGACGUUCUAUGAUGGGUUUUAUUUCUGCUUUAUUACAAUGACGACCAUCGGUUUCGGUGACCUAGUUCCAAAGAGACCCAAAUAUAUGUUGCUGUGUACACUGUACAUACUUAUUGGUUUGGCGCUGACGUCUACUAUUAUCGAACUUGUGAGGCGACAGUAUGCUAGGUCUUGGCAACAACUGCGAGCUCUCUCCGGACCGUUCGCAGACACAUUGAGAAGACUCGGCGACGCCGGUAGGGGUGUCGACGUGUCCGCCUUACAUAACGACCUGAGAAAAGUUCUUACCAUUGUGACGAUGCCGAAACUCGGUAGCGCUAGGGACUCGCUCGGCGAGAAGAGGCAAUUGGAAUUUGAAGCAGCCGUCGAGGCUGUGAUCAGGGAGAUAACCAGCCCAGUGUCGAGUCAACCGAAGCCUCCAGUUGUCCAGAUUGUGAUAUAUGAAUCAUCAGUUUAACUUGGACUGAAUGACGCUUUAUAUUAUAGACAGUUUUAAUGCCCCAACUAAAACGAUGCUUAAGCCUAUGAUUUGUGUUCUAAGGUUAAACACGUUCUCAUUUAUAAGCACUUGCUCAGCUCAAGCUCAGCUACAUCUUCAUAUAACAAUCAGCUAAGACUCUUACACCCAGAAACUAUGCAUCAAUAUACUCUUAGUUAAUUUUUACUGUUCUCUAUAUAUAGUCGGAUAAAAACGUUUAUUGUUACUGUCACCAUUAAACUCAAUGAUGCAAUUAUAAAUACUCGGCUUCCAAUAUCAAAAACGUUUCCCAAGCUAAUAUAUUGCGAUUGCAAUAAUAAUAGAUUUUUGCACUCCAGAUUUACCUCUCGAACACUAAUAAUAUAUCGCUGAAUGUUUCUAAAAAAAAACAUUUUAAAUACAAGCUUGAUAUAGAUGUACUACAACUAUAAGAUAAAGUUACUCUAAGCUGGAACAAGAUCACGUAAAAUACUCUUAUUUUAAGAGUGUUGAUUGUGUUCUAACGAAAGCACUAUUUUCCUUUGAUUUCCAACAAAUAUCUUUUCCAUUUCUUAUCGAGAGUACGUCAGUAUCUAUAAUUUUAUCAGUAUUCUCGUGACAAUUUGACAUUUAGUUUCCGUCUGAAGGUCGAUGUGACAAGGGUCCUAUAAAACUAAUUACGUGUCACGCUGAAGAAACAUCUUGUACCACGUUGACAUACAUAUAAAUUAUAUUUAUGACCUUUAUUAACUUUAUAAUAUUUAUAUAUAUAUAUAUAUAUAUUUAUAUAAAUAUCUGUUUAAUUACUUGAAAAUAUAUUGUGUAUGUUUAAGGCACUAACGGAUAAGUUAUCUUUUUUUCUAUAUAAA